UUGUAGCAGUUCCUUUAAGGAUGUCCAAGUUUUGUAGUUCCUGUGUUGUUGACCUGUCAGCCUUGUAGUACAAGCUGUCACUGCUGAUGAUUUGUCUGUCCUUCUGCUAGAUGCAGUGUUUAGACAGCGACACAACAAAUACCGGCGCGUUGGAUGCACAGGGUUGUUCAUCUUCAUCGUUGUUACUGGUGCUAGCGAACUAGCGCGCUAACGGCUAAAGUUAGCUAAUAAGCAGCCAACUUUUAAAAGGGCAGAUUGCUAACUAGCAGUCGAGGGUGGCUAGCAGCGUUAGCUAGCUUUCUUGCUUUUAGCUAGCUAGCUAGCUAGCUAGCUAGCUAGCCUGCUGGCACUACGAGGGCAGGAAUCCGCCCACUCGUGCAAAAAGGCAGCAUUCCGGACAAAACAUUGAAAGAUGGAGGCCCAAAGCUCCAGUACACUGCUGCUGUCGAGAAAGAGAAGAAGAGAUGGCUCCAAUGGGGAGGCCGAGGAGGGUGAAAGGCUUGGGAAAAUCCCCAGGUGUACUGUGGGGCUGAGGCACCCUGCACCCUUUGCAGAUGAGCUGGAGCCAGCUAAUAGUAAAGCUUACAAGAGAGUCAGCAUGGAAGAGGCUAAGAGAGGAACACCACCUGACAGACCAGUGCGGGUCUAUGCAGAUGGCAUCUUUGAUCUUUUCCACUCAGGACACGCCAGAGCCCUCAUGCAGGCUAAAUGCCUCUUCCCAAAUACACAUCUCAUUGUUGGAGUGUGCAGUGAUGACCUGACUCACAAAUACAAGGGCUUCACGGUGAUGAAUGAGGAUGAGCGAUACGAUGCUAUCAGACAUUGCCGCUAUGUGGAUGAAGUGGUGCGAAACGCUCCCUGGACGUUAACACCGGAGUUUCUUGCAAAACAUCGUAUUGACUUCGUGGCCCACGACGACAUCCCAUACUCCUCAGCGGGCAGUGAUGAUGUUUACAAGCACAUUAAGGAAGCUGGCAUGUUUGCACCCACCCAGCGGACAGAGGGCAUCUCCACCUCUGACAUCAUCACUCGCAUAGUCCGCGACUAUGAUGUGUAUGUCAGGCGCAACCUGCAGAGAGGGUACACAGCCAAGGAGCUCAACGUCAGCUUCAUCAAUGAGAAGAAGUACCACCUGCAGGAGCGUGUGGACAAGGUGAAGAAGAAAGUGCGUGACGUAGAGGAGAAGAGCAAGGAGUUUGUCCAGAAGGUGGAGGAGAAGAGCAUCGACCUCAUUCAGAAAUGGGAGGAGAAGUCCAGGGAGUUCAUUGGAAACUUCCUGCAGAUGUUUGGCCCUGAGGGAGCUUUGAAGCACAUGCUGAAGGAGGGAAAAGGCCGAAUGCUGCAGGCCAUCAGCCCCAGACACAGCCCCAACAGCAGCCCCACCCGCGAGGAGCGCUCCCCCUCUCCCACUUUCCGUCUUCCCUUCUUCUCCAAGACCUCCCCGCCCCCCUCGCCUCCCCAUCACAGCGGGGCCCGCGGAUACCUCAUCAGCGAGGAUGACGACGACGAUGAUGAUGAUGACGACGAAGACGACGAGAACUAGACUGCGUUCGCGCUCAGGUCGCAGUCAGUGCUACAAGUUAGCAGAGCUGUCGAGUAGCGUGGAUUUCAUUGAGCUCCUGCUUCAAGUGUGUUUUUGUUUUAUGGUUUUACUUUGACCUUUAGGACAAGAGUCAGGUUCUCCACAGCUCUUGUUUUUAAUGGCCAAUUUUCAUCUUUUUGUUCCUGUGUAAGGGUAAGUUAUACCUCUAGUCACUUGAGUACUUUGCAGGUUAGUUUCAUUUAUCUCUCGUCACUUUGCGUUUAUUAGUCACUCACUGUCAUUGAUUUUCACGUUUCACUUGGUGCACUAGCCCAUCUACAACAGUAUUAUUAAGGUUGGCAUUAUAGUGCAGUAGGAGUUGUUUCCCUUUUUUCCACGGCUUUAGCGGGAGGGUUUGCAGGUCUUUGGUCACUUUUGUUGGAACAGCACCCCCAGAUUGGGAAAGGUGAGCUGAGGAAUCAUGAAGACGCUGUUGGGUACCUCGGGGUGCAGGUUAUCACAUCAGGUCAAUAAACUGAACCGUUUAAAAUGCCCUGCUCAUGUAGCAGGGUACUUUAUAUUCUGUUCAUACUAGCAAGACACAGACCUGGCUUCUUUUUUUUUUUUUUUUUUAAAUUAACUAGGAAACUCCAGAUCCGAUGUGAGCUGAAUCUGAGAGUAGAUUUUGUUCUAGGUCUACUAAACAGCAGCAUUUUCCCAAGUUUGUGCGUGUGCCUGCCUGCCUGCACUGGGGCUGUGUUCAUGAGUGCGUGCGCAUGUUCGUGUGUGAAAGCUCCUAAAUUGGCAUGUUUGAAAUUAGUUCUGUCAAUAUUUCUUAUCUGUUGACAGAUCUGGUUUAAGCGAUGACUUUAAUGCAUAAUAGUAAUAAAUUUGCUUUUAAAAUGUACCUGCAGAUGAGAAUUCGGUCUUUGGAAGGCCAGUUUUGGACUUGACGCCUUUUAGUGGCGUAAAGAGAGGAAUGCCCCGUUUAGAUGUUGAUGUAGACUUGAACGCUUAUUUUUGGAGAUUUUCAUUCCUGUGCUUCUUCCGUCUGAGCGGAGAAUCAAUGUGAGCAGGGGUGGAGUUUUUUGUUGUUGUUGUAAAAAACACGUUUCCCACCUUUUACAAAGAAGUAUUCGCAAGCACAAAAUGAAUAAAGCCUCCUGACAGGAAGCACACACACUGCAAAUUAUACAAGGCCGUACACUUAAGACGGGACUUCCACUUCCAAACUGGGCUUGUGUGCACCACCAUCAACAUUCAUGUAGCUACCUCCCUCCCCGAACAGAUUGUUUCCUAAGAUGAGCACAAAGUAUGGGGAUAAUGUUUCCUUUCUGAACAGAGCCAUUGUUGCUGCACUGAAGCAAUGUGACUUGCUCAAAUAUUUGAGAUUUUCCAGUCUCAGUGUGUUAUGUCAUCUCCUGUAUCUCCAGGGAUAAAUGUUUGUUUUUUGUUUUUUUUCUCCUCUGUAACCAGGACCAUCACAGGUGAUUUGAAGAUAUAAUGCAAUACUGUUAAGAUGACUCUAAUAUAAAUGUUGACCGAUGUCAAUUGAUCUGCUCUAGGCUUGGUUUCCCAAAAGCACUUAUUUUCUGCAGCGACAAUUCUUGGGGGUGAAAUGUGAUUUUUUUUUUUUAAAGUUGGGAAACAGCUGAAAAAGGACUUGAGUGCACAGCCUAUGUAAUUUCUUGAGGAAAUCCAGCCUAGACCUUGGUGCUAAGCUACUUUUGGGAAGCCUCGCUUUGAUUCUCGUGGAAUCUUUUCCAUUAAAUCAGUGUGAACUUCUCAUUAAGAGCAUGUCCACAUGCAAGGUGGCGAAGGCUCAAGUGGCAAGCCAAUAACCACCACUACUACUAAGAGGCAUAUAAAUGUAAAUGUUUUAACAGCAAGUCUUUUAAUCAUGUAUUAUUUUUACUGUUUGAGGUUAUUUGAUUUUAUGUCCUAGAGAGCAAGGCAAGGAAAAAAAAUUUAUUAAACACUUUGGAUCAAGGUCAAACGGUUUGGCCAUCAUUUGCAAAAAUCUUUCAGUAUUUAGCGUCUGUUAGCAUGCUAACUGCAUUCUUUGGCAGCCAAUUUAAACCUGUAUCAUUCGUAAGUCAGUGCACUUGAUUCAACCUUGUUUUGUUUUAAAAAUAAAUAUUUAGUCAAAAGCCCUGCUGCUGUUACCCAAAAUUUGUUCCAACAAUGAAGCCCCUCCUUAUUUCAAACAAUAUGAAGAGGAAACUGUAGCACAAUAGAAUUCAGACAGCCUAAAAUAACACCAGUCCAAUGAAAACACACGCAGCAGGUGGGUUUGGUUACAUAGUCAGAUUUAAUUGGACAGAACGGUCACCAGGGCUACAAACAUGAAGCAGACAGCUGCAAAGCAAACGCCAGGGGGAGACCUCACCUCACUGCAAACACACCUAGGGCCUCGUAUUUGAAUUAAAAAAAAAAAUAAGUGUGUCAAAGUUGAUUUGGGUCACAACCUGCUUUUCAGGACGAUGGUCAAGCUUAAAAAGUGUCUGGAAUGUUCCCUUAUGUUUGAACUUCACUGACUGAAUACCAGGGAAAAAGUCAGGGAGAAGUAGUGGAAAAAUACCAGAGGAAAAGGAAAUGUA